AUGAACAAACAGCGGGAAGUGAAACCGUUGUCUCCCUGUAUACUAUUAAUCCUCAAGCUGUUCGUACUUCAAGGACUUUUUUGCCAGGUAUCAAAGCCAGAAAAUAGCUUGCACAGGAGGGUUAAUGCACUGCGCCAGAAACGAGAUCUCUUCCGUGAGGAGACCUUUAGUGCAGUGCUGUCUGAUUCAGCUCUCCCUCGACGUAUUCUCCACAAUUACACAGUUCGAGAUGCCUCUACAGAGUACUGUGGGUGUCUCAAUGGUGGCUGGUGUCAGGACGAAGGGCACUGUGACUGUGUUCAAUUCCAGGCUGUGGGAGACCGCUGCCAGAUCAUUCCCAACCUGGGACAGGACAGGGAUGGAAUUUGUCGUUCAUGGGGUCAAUACCAUUUUGAGACAUUCGAUGGAAUGUAUUACUACUUCCCUGGGACGUGCUCGUAUAUCCUUGCCAAAGACUGCCACUCAGCAGAGCCUCAGUACACUGUGUGGGUUCAUAACAGUCGUUCUUGUCAUGGCUCAGUGUACUCCUGUCCUCGUGCUCUCAGUCUUUUCUUUCCUAACGAGGAGGAGAUCCACAUUAGUGGCUACCGGGUGCUGAAGGGGGAACAGAGGCUGAGCCUGCCCCAGACGGUGCAUAAUGUGUUUAUUGAGCGGCUAGCCGACUACAUCCUGGUGAAGAGCACCUUUGGCUUCUCUCUGGCAUGGGACGGGAGCUCAGGGGUCUACCUCAAAAUGACAGAGAGCCACAAAGGCCGGCCUUGUGGGCUGUGUGGCAACUACAAUGAUGACGGAUCGGAUGAUCUAAGCAACAGCCACGGCAUGAACUCGGACGAUGUGGCUGAGUUUGGGAACACCUGGGCUGUGGCGCUUCCUCACGAGCAUCCCUGUCCUGCAGUAGAUGACGACUUCCCUGGGCCAUGUUCACUGGAGUCAGAUAUGGAUGAUGCCAUUGAGAAGUGUAGCGCCAUGCUCUUCUUUCCUUUCAUCUCCUGCCAUGAGAACAUUGAUCCCAAUCCUUUUGUUGCCAGCUGUGUCUCGGACCUGUGUGUCUCAAAUGAUGAAGAGACGUUUUGCAGAACACUGGUUGAAUACACCAGAGCCUGCUCACAUGUUGGCUACCCUGUCCGAGAAUGGAGAGACAGCUUCCCUACAUGUGCGGAUGGUUGUGAAGACAGCUUUGUCCACAGAGACUGCAUCAGCUGCUGCCCCCCUACCUGCACUUUUGAAAAAGAGUGUCUGGGCACCAACCUGCACUGCCUGGAUGGCUGUUACUGCCCUGACGGGCUGAUUCUCCAGAACGGCACAUGUAUAGCAGUGUCCCAGUGUCCCUGUGUGUAUCACGGCACGGCGUAUCCUUUGGGCCAUGUCCUGGAGCAGGGCUGUACUAUCUGCAUCUGCAUGGGAGGAACAUGGAACUGCACUGAAAACAACUGCACUGCGGAGUGCAUGGUGAUAGGUGAUACACACGUGACCACCUUCGACGGCCGAAACUUCAUGCACACAGGCACAUGCCAGUACGUGCUGGUGAAAAGUCGCAGGAACACCAAGUUCACCAUCACGCUGCAGUACGCAGCCUGUGGAGAGUCUCAGGAACACUCCUGUACUCACUCAGUGACUCUAGUGGUGGAUGAGGAUGUCAGCAGGCAAGUCACCCUCACUAGAGAAGGAGAGGUCAUCAUUGGAGCCAGCAUAGCUGUCAUAUUACCUUAUUCAGAUGAUCUGUUGGAAGUGCGCAGGCUGACCUCUGUGUUUGUGGGCCUGCGGGCUUCGUUUGGGUUGAAUAUGCAUUAUGACUGGCAUGGUGGGAGGAUAUACCUGCAGCUGGACAGCACCUGGACAGGCUCCACCCUCGGCCUCUGUGGAACUCUAAAUGGCAACCUGCGAGAUGACUUCCUCUCCCCUGCUGGUAUGAUAGAAGGGACUCCACAGCUGCAUGUCAAUGCCUGGAAAGUGUCAUCAGCGUGCAUCAGCCCUGUUAACAUCCCCAUCAUCGAUCCCUGCGAGAUGAACCAACAGAAUGUGUUCUACGCCUCCGUGUGUGAUGUUCUGAUGGGAGAUGUGUUUGCUCCAUGUCACACUUACGUCGGGCCCAGCAUGUACCAGCAACAGUGCCGCUACCAAGCAUGCCAUUGUGGCAGCGGCUGUCUGUGCACCGCCCUCGCCCACUACGCCUACGUCUGCCUCAAACACCACGUCACCAUCAACUUCAGAGCACACGUCUCAGAAUGCGGCAUGGUGUGUUUGGGCGGGAUGAUGUACCAUUCCUGCACAUCAUCGUGUGGGAGGACGUGCCAGUCGGUGAGCAGCGGUGAGGUGUGUGAUGGGGACUGCGCUGAGGGAUGCAGCUGUAUGGACGGAAUGUUCUACGAUCAUGCUCGUCAGCGCUGUGUACUGCUUUCUCAGUGCCAUUGUUACUUCAUGGGGUCAGUCUUCCAGCCAGAAGAUGUCUCCUUUAGCUCCUCUGGGCCUUGUCUCUGCAGAAAUGCUCGCAUGGAGUGUGUGCCUGAAGAAAGAGAGCCUGAGAGGGGUGAGUGUCCGAAUGGGAAAGUUUACUAUGACUGCAGGGGCCAGCUUGGGGCGGGGCCAUCUGGUGUGGGCGUGGCCUGUGAGCUGACAUGUAGGAACCUGAUGUUGAAUCUCACCUGUUCCCCCAUGACUCCCUGUGUGCCAGGGUGCGGAUGUCCUGCAGGAUUGGUUGGUCAUAACGGACACUGUUAUUACCCAGAGAACUGCCCCUGUGCCUGGCUAGGUCUGGAGUAUCUUCCUGGGGAGACAGUGGACACACCCUGCUACCGCUGUGUGUGCCACCGUGGGUCCUUUAACUGCACAUACUUUCCUUGCCCGGCUGUCUGCACCGUCUACAGUGACCGUCAUUACCACACUUUUGAUGGCCUGGAGUACGACUAUGUCAGUGACUGCCAGGUCUACCUAGUAAAGAGCACAGGCGAUACAGAGAUUUCCAUCACGGCUCAGAAUAAAGACUGCUACGAGAGCGGAAUAGUUUGCAUGAAGAACCUGCUCAUCUACGUUGGGCUUACUAAACUCUACUUCAAUGAUAACUCAGGCAAACCUAGCUCCUCCACGGUGGUGGGGCGGGGCUAUGAGUUUGAGCUGUGGGGCGCAGGAUACUACACCGUGGUCCAUUUCCCUGCCCAGGACCUAACUGUGCUCUGGGAUCGCAAGACUACUGUCCUCAUUCGUGCUGGGCCACGAUGGAAGGGUCAGUUCAGUGGCAUGUGUGGCAACUUUGACAUGGUGACGGUGAAUGACAUGACCACAGCAGGGCACAUGGAGGUCAGCAACGCUCAGGCCUUUGGAGACAGCUGGGCCCUGGGCCAGUGUGAGAGUGAAUUUGUGGUGCGAAGGCCAUGUGAAGGAGACCUGAGCAGACAGCCGUAUGCCAAGCGAGAAUGUGGACUCCUGUACAGUGACGUUUUUGCCCCAUGUCACAAUGUGGUGGACGUGACCUGGUUCUAUAAGAACUGUUUGACAGACACGUGCAACUGCAAUCGUGGUGGGGACUGUGAGUGCCUGUGUACCAGCAUUGCUGCAUAUGCACACAAGUGCUGUCAGCAUGGCGUAACUGUGUACUGGAGGUCUCCCACUGUCUGCCCCUAUGACUGUGAAUACUACAACCAAGAGCUCGGCGAGGGCCCAUUCACUCUGUCCAGUACUGAGCGGAAUGACUCGGUGUGUGUGUUUGGGGCGAACGUCAGUAGUGGGGAGGUGUUCCCUUUGCUGAGGAGCAGUGCUCAACCUCCCUCCAUGCUCAACAUCAUGAUCACCAGCGGCCUUUACAAGGACCGAGCUUCACGGAUUCCUGUUGUCUUACUGGAGUCUGCCGAGAGGCCGAACUACUUCCUGUAUGUCACAGCAAAUCUUGGAGUGCGACUGGAGCACUGGCAGUCUGGGGAGGUGUUUCGUCGCCGGGCAACCUUCAUUCAUCACCAGGGCUUGUGGUUGCCUGGGCGAUCAUCCUUUGAGUUGUAUAGUCAGAAGGGCAUCUUCCUCACACUCACACACACACAUGCACGUGCACAGCGCUAUGACAACUCGCCCUCUUUCAAAGGGAGCAGCAGUUUUCUCGUGGAGGAGAGCACUUUUGUUAUCCCGUACCGCCUGAUGUGUGAGUGGAAGUACCACUCGUGUGCCAGCCCAUGUGCAAAAACGUGUCGCGACCCCGAUGCAACGCGCUGCCAGUUCCUGCCACCGCUGGAGGGCUGCUUUCCCCGUUGUCCCAGGGGCAUGCUAUUGGACGAGGUCACCAGGAGGUGUGUCUACCGAGAUGACUGUGUAACACUUUUGCCCACUCCGACUCCAUAUACGUUUGUGACCCGGUCUAACAGAACCACCACAGCUACCAUGCCAGUUCUGACAACCACCACAACACCUACAACUACAACCACCACUAGUACCGUGACAACCACAACCACGACCGCUGCUCCCACCACUGCAGGCACCACUAGCACGACAUUAAUAACUGAGCCUGUUGCUUCAAGUUCAUGGCCCACAGAGUCCAUCCCUCCUACCCGAUCAGCCAGUACACCCAUCUUUACAGUUACCGCACCCACUCCUGCAACCUCCUCUCCACCAACCACAGCGCCUCCUACCACCAUGGCCUCAACCACCCAAUCACCCAGCACACCCCCUGCCUCCGUCAUGACAACAACUCCAUCACCGCCUCCCGCCACCACAUCAGAGGAAACAACCACCUUGGCUGUCACCACAAUGACUCCUUCCACCACUCCCGCUGUUACCACAAUGAUAACUCUGCCCACCUCCGUCCCUAUGGAAACAACCUCCCUCACUACAGCGACUGAGGGGUACUACCUUCCUGUGGUGACAACAGAGGCGCUCGCUGAGACCUCGGAGCUCGCGUCCAUGACUCCCUCACCCUCUCCCACCCUGGAGACCACCAUGAUGACAACCGUGCUCCCUCCUUUCCUGCUGCCCACAGGCCCGUGCACACCUCCGUACUCCGUGCGAGUGGACGAGUGCAGCGAGUACAUCUGCUUGAAUGGGCAGCUGAUGCUGCACAACUCCUCUCAGCACUGCAGGUUCAACAUCACACAGCCACAGUGCAACCUCCUGGGCAUGCCCAUUCAGAUCAACACAGACGUGUGCUGCCCGCUGUGGAGCUGUCCCUGCCGCUGCUCUAUAAUCUCGGACCUGCGUGUGAUCACGUUUGAUGGGAACAAUGUUGCUCUGUAUGACAAUGGCUCCUACAUACUAGUCCACCUGCCCAGAGAGAACAUUGUCGGCCACAUCGAGAAGUGCCCCACCAGUGAGAGUGUGAACUAUAUCAGAAGGCCGACUCCAACAGGUGGAACCUCUGGUCUAUGUUUUAAGAAGUUGAACAUAACCACCCACGCCUAUAGGAUUGUGAUCAACCGCUUGGACCGCAAGGUUUCCGUGAACCAGAUCACAGCUCGACUGCCGUUCACCAGGUUGAACCUACACAUUGAUGACACAGGCACCAUGUACAUCAUCCACACUCCUGCUGGCAUCAGCAUACAGUGGUACCACAGCACGGGCGUUAUGGUCCUACAAUAUGGUGCCCCUGAUAACACCUCCACCAGAGGCCUCUGUGGCUGCUGUGAUGGGAACCCAGCCGACGACCUGCGUCUGCCCAACGGGACAGUGAUGCGCACAGUAGAGGACAUCCCUUUGUUUCUGCACAGCUGGUUGGUGGACACGUCAGAGGAGACGGACUACUUCCGCAGAGUGGGGGACAAUUGCACCACGGGCAACUGCACCAAAUGCUUCCAAAUGCUCAACCAGAGACCCUUCUCCAAGUGCCACCACAAGGUUUCACCGGAGCAGUUCUGUGAUAAGAUCUGGGCAGGUGACCUGCACUAUAAGGACCAUGAGUGUGACUUCCUGGCUGCUUACGUGGCCAUCUGUUACACUCACCAGAUCUGCUUCAGCUGGAGGAAAAGCAACUUCUGCCCUCUGAAGUGUCCUCCUGGUAAAGAGUACAAGCCAUGUGUGAACACAUGUAAGACGAGGACAUGUCAGAAUCGAGACUACUACGAGGAGAGCACAUGUUCCUCCAUUCGAGAAGAGUGUGUGUGUAAGAGUGGAACCAUCUUGCACCGCGCGGACUCAGCAUUCUGUGUCACGGAGGACCAGUGUGUAUGCACCGAUAAUGAGGGCUCUCCGCGGGCCCCAGGUGAGGUGUGGAACGGGUCACUCCGAGGCUGCUGUCUGUUCCGCUGUCUGGAGAACGGCAGCGUGAUUCCUGUGGAGCCAGAGUGUGCCCCGGAUCCUACCCCACUGUGCGAGCGGGAGGGCGAGUAUGCCAUCGAUGUGUUGGAGGAGGGUGCCUGCUGCCACAAAAAGAUCUGUGAGUGUAAUCUCACCAUUUGCCAGAAUGAGGUUUCUACCUGCAAGAACGGGAACAGGCUGAUUAUUGGCUACAGUACCAUCUCUUGCUGUCCAGAGUACAGAUGUGAGUGUGAUCCCCUGGCCUGUCCCCAUGUGCCAAUCCCAGAGUGCAGAGAGGACCAGUUCCUGGUUGAGGUCAGAGGUCAACCUGCCUGCUGCUACACCUAUCUGUGUGUGUGUGAGUCCUGCAUGGAGCCCAUUCCAGUAUGUUUGCCUGGAGAGUUGCUGGCUGUGGAUAUGAACACUACAAAUCAUUGCUGUCCCCAAUAUUAUUGUGUGUGUGAUAUGAGUCUAUGUCCUGAGCCCAGCAUUAGUUGUGCCCCUGGUGCUGCCCUGGUUAGGAGACCUGUAUCUGGAAGCUGCUGUCCGGAGACCCACUGUGAGUGUCAGUGUCACAACAUUGUGCGGCCUCAGUGCUCUGCAGAAGAAAUUCAGGUUGAGGAACCAGAUUACAGCAGUUCCUGUGGCUGUGCUCAGUACUCCUGUAAAAGGGCAGAUGUGUGUUUGUUUCAGGGUGGCACUGUGCUAAGUCCAGGCCAAUCUAUGGUUCAGUAUUUUGAGGGGGAGCUGUGCUACACUGUGCACUGCCUCACACACAGGGACCCCAGCACAGGCUUCUAUGCUAUGGAUGUCAGCUCUGCCAACUGCUCUGAAAAGUGUGAGCCUCACCAGGUAUAUGUCCCAUCCUCUGACCCCCACGCGUGCUGCGGUUCCUGUAAAAAUAUCUCAUGCUCGUUUUCCACAGAAAAUGGAACCACAGAAGUAUUUAUGGCAGGCAGCUCCUGGGUGGCCAACUGCACCCGCUUUGACUGUAUGCAGACAGCAGUGGGAGCAGUGAUUCUCGCCUCUGGGGUUGUCUGCCCUCCUUUCAAUGACACCGAGUGCAUUCAGAAUGGAGGUGCUGUGCAGACCUAUGUUGACGGCUGCUGUAAGACGUGUGCUGGACUUGGUUUGUUGCCUUUUUCGGUUAGUCCAGUAACUCCCACUGCUAGUACUAACUGUGACACAGGUAAAGAGGAUGGUAAGACAUGUAAAAGAGUGGCCAUCAGAACCACCAUCAGGAAAGAUGACUGCAGAAGCAAUGCCCCAGUAACAGUAUAUUCAUGUGAUGGGAAGUGCCCAUCUGCCACCAUCUUUAACUUCAACAUAAACAGCCAUGCACGUUUUUGCAAAUGCUGUCGUGAAAAUGGUCUACAAAACCGCAUUAUCCAGCUUUAUUGCACACGAAAUGGUACAACUGUGGAUUACAAUUACCAAGAGCCUAUGGACUGCUCAUGCCAGUGGAACUAAUAAAUGUUAACAGUUACUGUUAGAUAUGCAGUAGUACUAGUAUUACCAAGUAUAUAUACUCUCUCAAUGGACAUACCCAGUUUUUAUUACACAGAACAGUAAAACCACAAGCUACUAAUACCAUCUUUGUAGUUUUAAAAACACUGAGGUCUGAUUUAACUGGGGGUAGUAUGUAUGUUAAUCACAUAGUUUGUAAGUGCAUGACCAACAACCAAAUAUUAAAUCAGCUAGCGUUUUAGAGAUAAUACCAUCUGUCAAAAGUAUGUGCAGAAGUGUAGUGUAUUAGUAGCAAAACUGAUUAUUGCACAUUUAUUGUAAUUAGGAAACCUAAAAUGUCUAGAUCUUUUUUUUUAAUAUAAACUUUUUAACAUGAUGUUUUAUUUAAGUGAGAACUUUGUUCUAUUUUUGAACCAUUUGCAGUCCAAACGUUUUUACAGACCUAAACUACCCUACAGGGAAAAAUAAACAAGCCAGUUCUGUACAGGCUUUUGAGUAGUGCUUCUGUUCAGACUGAAACCAUGGCAGAAUCUCAUCUGUGUA